CAAAUGCCGGUGCAAAACAAACAUUCCUCUAAUUCUAAUUUUUGGAAGCUUGGUAUAUCAUCAACACUUACACAACCCCGCCAAAUACCUCUCUACUUUCUCCUAAUCUUCGCAUCAAUGGCGGACACAAAAACAACCAACGAGAAACAAAAAGAAUCAGAAUUAGAAGAAGAAGAUUACAUGAGUGACCUCUCGAAAUUCCUUCCAACAGAACCUAACCAACCUUCAAACCCCAAAAAAAAUCCCCCCAAAACCCUAACCAAUUCAUCUCAACAACCCUCAAAGAAGAAACCCAAAUUCCACAAUUGGCAAGAGCAUAGAACAAUCGAGAAAGAGAGAAAACAACACGAAGAAGACCAACAAACCCUACAAAAUCUACAAUCAGCAAUUCCUCAAUCAAACAUUGGGUUCAAAUUGCUGAAACAAAUGGGGUAUACACCAGGAAAGGGAUUAGGAAAGGAGGGUUCUAUGGGCCGAGAGCAGCCCAUUGGGCUGGAAAUCCGGAGGUCCAGGGCGGGGAUUGGGCGGGAGGACCUGGUGAAGGAGCGGGCCAGGAGAGAGAAAGAACGGGCGAGGAGAGAGAUUGAGAAGGUGGAGUGGAAGAAGAGGAGUCAGGAUGUUAUGUUGGAGGAAUUCGGGGUUCGGCAGAAGGAGCAAUGGAAGAGUAAGAGGGUAAUGAUUAACUAUAAUAAGGCGAAAGCGGCGCUUGAUCAGUUGGAGAAUAGAGAACCGGCGGUUGAGCCGGAGAAGGAGGAUGAUGAUGAUGAGGAGGAGGAGGAAGAGGAAGUGAUUACUGAAGAGGAUUUGGUAGAGAUAUUGGUGAAGCUGAGAGAACAUUACUAUUGCCUCUUCUGUGGAUGUCAGUAUGAAUCCGUGGAAGCUCUCCUUUCCAACUGCCCUGGAGUAAAUGAAGAUGACCAUUGAAGGGGUUUAUUGGCCAUAAAAGGACCUAAAUGCUGAUUAUGGAAUGACCAACCAUUUAUGUCUUCUCUAAGACUGCGAUUCUGGUUGUGACAACAAAUCCUUGAUCCUUUUCUUGUUGUUGGUUAACUUGUUUUAAUCUUUGCAGCAUUGCUUUCUUGCAGAUUCCUCUGGAGCCUCACUUCAUUUGAUUCUUUGUGCUUGGAGAAAGGUUGACGAGUGGGGCAAUGCGGCUACAUUUUAGCUAGCUAAAUUUUUGUUUCACGAGUCAAGUGGGGCCACAACCGUAACUUCACUUUAUAUGGGGUCUACAGCUUCCUAUCUCUUAUUUAGCCAAAUAAAGUUUUUCUACACAGUACACAGCUUUGCUUGGUAUCAGUGUCCUUUGAAACAUUAAUGGAGACGAGGUACUUUCCUUUAGUAUUGGUGGAGACAGCUUACACUGCUUUGCUUUGUUAUAUGUGGUGGAAAAGUGACCACAAGGCCACACAAUGCAGUUGCAUAUUGAGACAAGAUUGGAAUAAUGGUAACCAGGUGCAAUUUAUACUAGUGAUGGCGUAACUGUUGGUGCAUGUUGUCAUACUAAGCUUGUAAAAUAGGAAGUUUAUUUCAAUCAUGAGCAGCCUCUUGCAAGUGUAAAGCAGCAGUGAGCUGGGUUACAUACUGAUAAUUAUGUUGUAUACUGCCAUUUAAUAAAAAAUUAUAAAAAGAAAUGGUCUAAUUUUAAUAUAAAA